CCGCCUCCCCGGGCGCGGCGCCCCCGCGGAGCCGGAAAAUGUGGGGCGCCCUGCUCCGGCCGCUGCUCCGGCUCCUGCUGCUGCUGUCGCCGCGGGACGGCGUGCGCGCUGCGCAGCCCCAGGCCCCGGGCUAUUUGAUCGCCGCACCCUCUGUCUUCCGCUCAGGAGUGGAGGAAGUCAUCAGUGUGACCACCUUUAACUCCCCAAGGGAAGUCAUGGUCCAGGCUCAGCUGGUGGCCCAGGGCGAGGCGGUGGCGCAGAGCCAGGGAGCCAUCCUGGAUAAAGGGACCAUCACACUCAAGGUGCCCACGGGACUCCGGGGCCAGGCCCUCCUGAAGGUGUGGGGCCGUGGCUGGCAGGCAGAGGAGGACCCCCUCUUCCACAACCAGACUUCAGUGACCGUGGACAGCCGGGGUGCCUCUGUGUUCAUCCAGACUGACAAGCCGGUGUACAGGCCCCAGAACCGAGUGCUCAUCAGCAUCUUCACCGUCACCCCAGAUCUGAGGCCCGUCAGCGAGAAGCUGGAAGCUUAUGUCCUGGACCCCCGGGGCUCGCGGAUGAUGGAGUGGAGACACUUGGAGCCUUUGUGCUGUGGCAUCAGCAACAUGACCUUCCCCUUGUCUGACCAGCCGGUACUGGGAGAAUGGUUCAUUUUUGUCGAAAUGCAAGGCCACGUGUACAACAAGUCCUUUGAAGUUCAGAAGUACGUGUUGCCAAAGUUUGAGCUCCUUAUUGACCCACCUCGGUAUAUCCAGGACCUGGACACAUGUGAGACCGGCACUGUGCAGGCCAGGUAUACCUUUGGGAAACCUGUCUCGGGGACUUUAACCAUCAACAUGACUGUAAAUGGCGUGGGGUACUACAGCCAGGAGGUGGGGCGCCCCAUCCUUAGGACCACCAAGAUCCAUGGCUCCCAGGGCUUCAACAUUUGUGUGAAGGACAUGAUUCCAGCCGACGUCCCUGAACACUUCCGAGGCACCGUCAGCAUCUGGGCCAUGGUGACCAGCGUGGAUGGGAGCCAGCAGGUGGCCUUCGAUGACUCCACCCCCGUCCAGAAGCAGCUGGUGGACGUCCGGUACUCCAAGGACACCAGGAAGCAGUUUAAGCCGGGUCUGUCUUAUGUGGGGAAGGUGGAGCUGUCCUACCCAGAUGGCAGCCCGGCUGAGGGGGUGACGGUCCAGAUCAGGGCAGAGCUGACGCCUAAGGACAACAUCUAUACCACCGAGUCUGUGUCCCGGGGUGGGGUGGUGGGGUUUGAAAUCCCCUCCAUCCCUAUGUCAGCCCAGCACGUGUGGCUGGAGACCAAGGUGACGGCACUCAAUGGAAAGCCCGCGGGGGCCCAGUACCUGCCCAGCUACCUCUCCCUCAGUAGCUGGUACUCCCCCAGCCAGUGCUACCUGCAGCUGCAGCCUCCCUCCCGCCCCCUGCAGGUCGGGGAGGAUGCCCACUUCCCUGUGAUGUCCACGUGUCCCUGCAAUUUCACCCUGUACUACGAGGUGGCUGCGAGGGGCAACAUCGUGCUUUCAGGCCAGCAGCCUGCCCACAUCACCCAGCAGAGAAGCAAGCGGGCGGCCCCGGAGAAACCCAUUCGUUUAAUGCACCUUUCUGAGACAGAGCCCCCUCCAGCCCCAGCAGCAGAGGUCAGCGUGUGCGUGACCUCUCUCCGGCUGACCGUGACCCCCAACAUGGUCCCCCUCGGCCGCCUGCUGGCCUUCUACGUCAGGGAGAAUGGAGAAGGGGUGGCUGACAGCCUCCAGUUUGCUGUUGAGACCUUCUUCGAAAACCAGGUUUCACUGAUGUAUUCAGCAAACGAGACCCAACCCGGGGAAGUCGUCGACCUGCGGGUCAGGGCUGCAAAGGGCAGCUGUGUGUGUGUCGCCACGGUUGACAAGAGCGUCUACCUGCUCAGGUCUGGGUUUCGACUCACUCCCGCCCAGGUUUUCCAGGAAUUGGAAAAUUACGAUGUUUCCGAUGCCUUUGGGGUGUCCAGGGAGGAUGGAUCCUUCUGGUGGGCUGGGCUGACAGCCCGCCGCCGCCGCCGCCGCCGCCGCCGCCGCUCCUCCAUCUUCCCGUGGCCCUGGGGCGUCACCAAGGACUCCGGGUUUGCCUUUGCCGAAACAGGACUGGUGGUGAUGACAGACCUGGUGAGCCUGAACCACCGGCAGGAUGGCGGCCUGUACACUGAUGAGGCUGUCCCCGCCUUCCAGCCCCACACAGGGAGCCUGAUGGCAGCAGUGUCCUCCAGGCAACCCCCCAGAGCAGAGAAGAGGAAAAGGACCUUCUUCCCUGAAACAUGGAUUUGGCAGUGUCUCCACAUCAGUGAUCGGUCUGGCGAGGAGACACUCAGUGUGCAGGUCCCUGACUCCAUCACCAGCUGGGUGGGCGAGGCCGUGGGCCUGUCUGCCGAGAGGGGCCUGGGCAUUGCCGAGCCCACUCUGCUGAAGACCUUCAAGCCCUUCUUCGUAGACGUCACGCUGCCCCCCCACGUGGUCCGAGGGGAGCAGGCCAAGAUCCCGCUCAGCAUCUACAACUACAUGGACACCUGCGCCGAGGUCUACGUGAAGAUCUCCGUUCCCAAGGGCAUCCAAUUUGUCGGGCAUCCUGGCAAACGUCAGUUGACCAAGAAGACGUGUGUGGCCCCCGGGGAGAUGGAGCCCACCUGGGUGGUUCUGUCCUUUGGCGACCUGGGUCUUAGCAACAUCACAGCGAAAGCCCUGGCUUACAGAGAAACGAGCUGCUGCCGGGAUGGGAAGUCGGUCAGACCCCCGGAGGAGAAUCACGCAGACAGAAGGGUCCCCAUUGGGAGGGAUCACAUCCGGCGCGGUGUGAUGGUUGAGCCUGAAGGAGCCCCCCGGUCAUACACCUACAGUGCUUUCUUCUGUCCUAAUGAGAGAGUCCACAUCUCCACACCCAACAAGUACGAGUUCCAGUAUGUGCAGCGGCCACUGUGCCUCACCCGUUUUGAUGUGGCCGUGCGAGCCCACAACGAUGCCCGUGUGGCCUUGUCCCCGGGGCCCCAGGACACAGCGGGCAUGAUCGAGAUCGUUCUGGGAGGGCACCAGAACACCAGGUCCUGGAUUUCCACCGGCAAGAUGGGCGAGCCUGUGGCCAGCACACACACGGCCAAGAUCCUCUCCUGGGAUGAAUUCAGAACAUUCUGGAUCAGCUGGCACAGUGGGCUCAUCCAGGUUGGCCAUGGUUCAGAGCCAUCCAAUGAAUCUGUCAUCAUGGCCUGGACCCUCCCCAAGCCACCAGAAGUCCAGUUCAUUGGUUUCUCCACUGGCUGGGGUUCUGUGGGCGAGUUCCGAAUCUGGAGGAAGGUGGAAGUGGAUGAGACCUACAGUGAAGCCUUCACCCUGGGGGUCCCGCACAGCGCCAUCCCUGGGUCUGAGCGCGCAGCUGCCUCUAUCAUAGGAGACGUCAUGGGGCCAACUCUGAACCAUCUCAGCAACCUCCUACGGCUGCCCUUUGGCUGCGGAGAGCAAAACAUGAUCCAUUUUGCACCCAAUGUCUUUGUCCUGAAGUAUCUCCAGAAAACCCGACAGCUCAGCCCUGAAGUGGAAAGGGAGACCACUGAUUAUCUGCUACAAGGCUACCAGAGACAGUUGACUUACAAGCACCAGGAUGGCUCCUACAGUGCAUUCGGGGAGCGGGAUGCAUCGGGGAGCAUGUGGCUCACAGCCUUUGUCCUGAAGUCCUUCGCCCAGGCGCGCAGCUUUAUCUUCAUCGACCCUCAGGAGCUGGCGGCCGCCAAGGGCUGGAUCGUCCAGCAGCAGCAGGCAGAUGGCUCCUUCCCGGCGGUGGGCAGGAUUCUCAACAAGGACAUCCAGGGUGGGAUCCACGGCACAGUCCCACUGACGGCCUACGUGGUGGCCGCGCUCCUGGAGAUGGGCCCAGCCUCGGAGGAGGAGAGGGGUGCCAUUGCCAAAGCCAGGCACUUCCUGGAGACCAGUGCGCCCCCGGCUGCGGACCCCUACAGCAGUGCCCUGACCGCCUACGCGCUGACCCUGCUCCGCAGCCCGGCAGCCCCCGCAGCUCUGCGAAAACUCCGCAGCCUGGCCAUCACCCAGGAUGGGGUGACCCACUGGAGCCUGACAGGUUCCCGGGAUGUGGACAAGGAUGCAUUCCUGAGCUUCAGUGAUGGGGUCUAUCAGACAGUGGUCUCGGCCGAGGUGGAAAUGACAGCCUACGCCCUGCUGACCUACACCCUCCUGGGAGAUGUGGCCACGGCCCUGCCCGUGGUGAAGUGGCUGUCCCAGCAGCGGAACGCCCUUGGGGGCUUCUCCUCCACUCAGGACACCUGCGUGGCUCUGCAGGCCUUGGCGGAGUAUGCCAUCUUGUCUUACGCGGGUGGCAUCAACCUCACUGUCUCCCUGGCCUCUACCAACUUAGACUACCAGGAAACCUUUGAGCUGCACAGGGCCAACCAGAAGCUUCUACAGAUGGCGGCGAUCCCCAGCCUCCCCACGGGGCUGUUUGUGAGCGCCAAGGGUGAAGGCUGCUGUCUAAUGCAGAUUGACGUCACCUACAACGUGCCGGACCCGGUGGCCAAGCCGUCCUUCCAGCUGCUCGUGAGCCUCCAGGAGCCCGAGGCCGAGCAGAGGCGACCCCCCUCGCCUGCCUCCUCAGCUGACGAUGACGACCCGGCAGCUGACCAGCAUCAUCAGGAGUAUCAGGUGACCCUGGAGGUGUGCACCAGGUGGCUGCACACAGGGUCCUCCAACAUGGCGGUCCUGGAGGUGCCCCUGCUGUCAGGGUUCCGGGCGGACAUUGAGAGCCUGGAGCAGCUGCUCCUGGACAAGCAUGUGGCACUGAAGAGGUACGAGGUGGCUGGACGCAGAGUGCUCUUCUACUUUGAUGAGAUCCCCAGCCGGUGUUUGACGUGCGUGCGGUUCCGGGCGCUCCGUGAGCACGUGGUGGGCAGGACAUCGGCGCUGCCCAUCUCGGUAUACGACUACUACGAGCCUGCCUUCGAGGCCACGCGCUUCUACAACGUCAGCGCGCGCAGCCCGCUCGCCCGGGAGCUGUGCGCCGGCCCUGCGUGCAACGAGGUGGAGCGUGCCUUGGCCCAGGGCCCAGGCUGGUCCCCCGGCGAACGAGGUCCCGGGGCCGUCCCGGAGGAGGGGACGACGAUCCCGCGUUGUGACUGCGCCCGCGACUGCGGUACGGGCAGGGACCCGGUGUGCGGCUCCGACGGCGUCGUCUACGCCAGCGCCUGCCGCCUGCAGGAGGCCGCCUGCCGCGGACGCGUGAGAUUGGAACCCGCGCCCGUCCACCGCUGCGCCCUUGAGCAGCCGACACCAGCCUCUGCCUUGUACAGCUAUGACUAUGACCUGGGUCCCCUGGACGCCGGGCCCCUGGCAGCGGGCCAUGAGGCAAUGGACUUGGAUGGGGAGGCAGAGGACAGUCAGAGUGGCUUCUCUUCCUAACGUUCCAAUCAGGAAGACGUGAUCUGGCUGGGAUUUCGCCCCGCCGGAAGAGGGCCAUUGACAAGAGACUUGACUGUCUGGGGGCUGGUGGACCCCAUCCCAAGUGACCCCUGCUUCCAAAUGAACCCGAUAAACAGACCAGCAGAGACAAUGGUGGGCCUCCUGGGGGCCCAGCCCCCGCCUCAACAGGAAGGAUGGUCAGUGGGGUGGCUGGAGGCCCCCUCCCCCACAGCUCCCCAGCUGCAGCUGGAGCUCCAGUCACCCCACCCCCAGCCCUUGAACUGGG